CGAACAAAGAAUCUCCAUCCCUCAUGCAAGAUAAAAAGAUGACUUGCUCAUCCAUUUGGAUAUGCUCUACCUCCCUCCCUCUCUCUCGUCUUUCUCUCUCUGUCAAUUUGGUUUGUCUAAGUAUUUGUGCAGAAUGAUUAACAAGCAAGCUAGGAAUGUGAGUGACCGAGAGGGUCGUGCAAGAAACAGAGGAUCAGGGUAGAGAGAUACAGAGGGUGGCGGUUCUGUGUUCUCCUUCUCAUUCCAGCUCUCAAGGCGUCUCCCUUUCUCCUUGUUGAAACGAAAUAGAAAAGCCCCCUAAAAAAAGUACAAAAAAAACCACCCCGGACCGCAAGAAAGUUUAAAAUACAAUUUUGCGGCAAGGGAAUAGUUAUGAUUUUAUUCCUAUAAUUCCCGUUUAAGCUCUGUUUUAUUUUAUAAAAGCCCCCUCCCCAACACAAGUUCCCAUGAAUAUGUAGCUUCCGCUUCCCUAAAGCAAAUGUCCUUUCUUUUUUUUUCUUCUAAUUUUUUCUCGGGGGGUUUUUGUCUAAAAGCCCUUUAAGCUUUAGAGAAGCAAACGACCAGCUCCAGCGCCAACAGCGCCUCCCCCAUUUGCCUCAUUAUUGCUUGUCGUCCCUUGGAGAGGAUAGAAAUGUUGUUCCCGACCACCUGCAUUCUCCCUGCGUGCAUCGUCUUGGUCUCUCUCACACUCUCGGCUGCUCUGAAUCUCACCCUCCCUCACCAACACCCGGACCCUGAAGCGGUAGUACAAGAUGUGCACAGGAGAUUGAAUGCCUCCCUCUCAAGAAGACUCCUAUCCUCGUCCUCCUCCUCGUGUGGCACCGGCAACCCCAUCGACGACUGCUGGCGGUGUGACCCGAACUGGGCCUCGAACCGGCAGCGCCUGGCGGACUGCGGCAUCGGGUUCGGGCAGUCGGCGCUGGGGGGUCGUGACGGGCGCAUCUACGUGGUGACCGACUCCUCGGACUCGGACGUGGUGGACCCGAAGCCGGGGACGCUCCGGUACGGGGUCCUCCAGGAGGAGCCCCUGUGGAUCAUCUUCUCCGCCGACAUGAUGAUCCGGCUUAAGCACGAGCUCAUCAUCAACAACUUCAAGACCAUCGACGGCCGGGGGCACAACAUCGAAAUCACCGGCAACGGCUGCCUCACCGUCCAAGACGUCUCCAACAUCAUCAUCCACAACAUCCACGUCCACGACUGCAAGCCCUCCGGCAACACCAACAUCCGGUCGUCGCCGACCCACGUCGGGUUCCGCGGGGUGUCCGACGGGGACGGGAUAUCGAUAUUCGGGGCGUCGCACAUAUGGGUGGACCACUGCUCCCUGUGGCACUGCAAAGACGGGCUGAUCGACGCCAUCAUGGGCUCGACGGCGAUCACCAUAUCAAACAGCUACUUCGCGCACCACAACGAGGUGAUGCUGCUAGGCCACAAGGACUCGAACGCCCCGGACUCCGGGAUGCAGGUGACCAUCGCGUUCAACCACUUCGGGGAGGGGCUGGUGCAGCGGAUGCCGCGGUGCCGGCGAGGCUACAUCCACGUGGUCAACAACGACUUCACGGAGUGGCAGAUGUACGCCAUCGGCGGCAGCGCCAACCCCACCAUCAACAGCCAGGGCAACCGCUACACGGCGCCCGUCGACGCCGACGCCAAGGAGGUGACGAAGCGCGUGGACACGGAGGAGACCGAGUGGACGGACUGGAACUGGCGGACGGAGGGGGACAUCAUGGUGAACGGCGCCUACUUCGUGCCGUCCGGGGUCGGCCUCAGCGCCCAGUACUCCAAGGCCUCCAGCCUCGAGCCCAAGUCGGCCGGCCUCAUCGACCAAUUGACCUUGAAUGCCGGCGUCUUCGGCGAUCCUAGGGACACUAGCGGCAUAUCUAAUCCGGGGUUUUCUGGGGCCGGGACCACCACAGCCACCACCGCAGACGGCGGCGGAGGCAAUGGGUCCAAUGGAGGAGACAGUGACUACUUUGGAAUGAUAUUUGGGAGCGACGCACCACCAGCACAUUCAUCAGCCACCUCCAUCCUUUUGUCUUUACUAAUCAUUUUGGUUUUGGACACUAUCACCAACCGUGGUGCUCUAUUAUCAUUGCAAUUAUUGACAUUGUAGAAACAUUGGAGAAAAGAAGAAAAAUAAUUUCUCGCGCAUGCA